AUGAACCAAAUUGAAAUCAAAACCACCAACUUUUCUCCCGAUCCCAAAUUGUUUUUCUUGGCCAUCUUUUUGGUAGACACGAUGACCCCAGAAGCUCUCCAGGCUGAAAUAAAGGAGCAGCACACGCUGCCUCUGGAGGCAGCAAAGGAGCGGGUGCUGCUGCUGCUGCAGGGGAAGCAGCAGCGGCAGCAGCAGCAGCAGCAGCAGCAGCAGCAGCAGCAGCAGCAGCAGCAGCAGCAGCAGCAAGAUGACGACAGCGACGAAGAUGUGCAGUGUCUGGAAGUUGGCAGAAGGCUGAAGCUGUUCUGCCCCAUCACCUUUACCCGGAUGGAGGAGCCGUGUCGCGGGCGGUUUUGCUACCACGCGCAGUGCUUCGACUUGGGGGGAUAUUUGGAAAUAAAUAAAAACACAAAAGCUUUUAAUAGUCGCUGGAGAUGUCCGCAAUGCCAUUUGACAGUUUUGCCAAAAGACCUUUUCGUGGACUCUUUCUUCAAAACCCUUCUGCAGCACACGCCCCCCGAGGCCCCGGAGGUCGAGCUCCAGGCGGACCUUUCUUACCGCGUGCUGUCGGACGAAGAGCUGAAGGCAGAGUCCAAGCGGGCGGAGCAGCAGCGGCAGUUGGCAGCAGAAGCCCUUUUGAAGCCCAAGGGAGAGGAGCCGGACACCACUGGGAAGGUCGCAUUUGAAGUCGUCGAUAUGCUCAGCGAAAGCGAAGCAGAAGAGACCCCAACAGCAGCAGCAGCAGCAGCAGCAGCACCAGCAACAGAAGCAGCAGCAGCAGCAGAAACUGCAGCAGCAGCAGCAGCAGCAGCUUCGGGGGCGCAGGGCCCCACCAACAGUGCCACAGCAGCAGCAGCGCAAGGGGCUCCUGCUGCGGCUGACGGAUUUGCUGCUGCAGAUGGCAGGCGGAGGCCUGCUGCUGCUGCUGCAGCAGAGGACGACAGCAGCAGCAGCGGCAGCAGCAGGUCUUCUGAUGAAGAGGAUGGGCCGCUCACUAAACGGCAGCGGCAUAUGAACUUUGGCGCUGCUUCUAAAGAGCCCCAGAAAGCAGCAGAAGUUCUUUGCCUCUCAGACUCUUCAGAUGAUGAGCAGCAGCAGCAGCAGCAGCAGCAGCGGGUGGCUGCAGCAAGUGCUGCUGUGGGCGGAAGCAAGUUGGGGGCUGAGGAGCCUCGUGUCCCGAGUCAGCCGUCGCAGCAGCAGCAGCAGUAUCCGCUGCAGCAGCAGCAGCCAUCGCAGCAGCUAUCGCAGCAGCAGCAGCUAUCGCAGCAACAGCCAUCGCAGCAGCAGCAGCAGCAGCAGCGACGUGAUGGCGGUGGUGAGGUCAAUGCCCCCAUCGCACUGGACUCGGACACAGAUGAAGAAGAGCGGCAGAAGCAGCAGCAGCAGCAGCAGCAGCAGCAGCAACUGGGAGCUCCUGUUGCUUCUGGGGGCCCAGGGGUCCCGUCUGAUUUAGUAGCUGCUGACAGGGCAGCUGCCAUGCAGUGCCAAAGCAGCAGCAGCAGCAGCAGCAGUGCCGAGGAUCAUGCGAGCAGCAGCAGCAGCAGCAGCAGCAGCAGCAGCAGAACAGAGGCCGCCGAGGGCUUGCGCGCUUCUGCUGUCUCGACUGAAGCAGCAGGGGGCCCUUCUGCUGGUGCUGCCGCAGCUUCCCCUGCUGCUUCAAGCAGCAGCAGCAGCAGCAGCAUAGUUGAGCCGCAGCAGCAAGACACGGCACUUGAUUUCGCAGAAGCAACGGAAGCAGCAGCGCUGCUGGAGGAGAUCGACUGGGCAGCAGCAUCUCAGGCUUCUUCUGCUGGAGGGGGUUUUCCAGAAGCAACUCAGCCCCAAGCAGCAGCACCAGCAGCAACAGCAGCAGCAGCAGCAGCAACGCCUGCUGCUGCUGCUGCUGAACCAGCUGCUGCUGCAUCUCCUGCUGCUGCUGCCCCGCCUGCAGCAGCGCCAGUUGCUGCUGCUCUUGCACGUGAGCAGACGCCGGCUGCAGCAGCAACUGCAGCAGCAGUUGCUGCAGCAGCUGCUGCUGCAGCUGCUGCAGCUGCUGCGGCGAGAAGUCCCGUAGACGCAGAGCACAGAAAUCCCGAGGCUUGUGCUGUCGCGGCAGAGGAACUCUCGCAGGUGCAGCAGCAACUGCAGCAGCAGCCGCAGCAGCAGCAGCAGCAAGUGCAGCAACAGAAGCAGCAGCAGCAGCAAUGGUUUAGCAGUGAAGAUGGGCUACGCGCACUGCAGGAGAGGUGCCAGCAGGAAUUGCUGCUGCGGCAGCGGAGCGCUUUUAUUCAGCAGCAGCAGCAGCAGCAGCAGCUUCUCCAGAGCCGGCUGUUGAUGCUGCAGCCAAACAGAUACGCGGCCCUGCAGCAGCAGCGGCUCCUCAUGCAGCAGCAGCAGCAGCCAGCAGCAGCAGCAGCAGCAGGUCAGCCCAGUGGAGCCCCUUGGCUCUUGCAGCCGCUGCUGCCGAGUGCAGCAGCAAGCAGCGUGGGUGCUGCACCGUCGGCUGCUGUCUCGUGGCCUGCUGUGCAGCAGCAGCAGCAACCGCAGCAGCAACAACAGCUGCAGCAGCAACAGCAGCAGCAGCAAGUGCCGCACACUGCACACGUGGCCGCGGGGCUGCCGCUGCUGCUGAGCCUUCGCAGCACCCCGACAGCAGCGCAGGCAGUGCAGCAGCUGCUGACGACAGCGCAGAAGCAUGCAGAAGAAUUCACUUCACAGCAGCAGCAGCAGCAGCAGCAGCAGCAAGUGUCGAACCACGUGCAGCUAGCUGCGCGGCUCCCCGAGCUGCUGAGCCUCCGCAGCGUCCCCCAGGCAGCUCAGGCAACAGUGCAGCAGCUGCUGACGACUGCGCAGAAGCAUGCAGAUGACUUAGCCAAGCAGCAGCAGCAGCAGCAGCAGCAGGAGCCGCUGCCGCCGUAG